UGAGACAUUUUUUGGGCUUAGAAGCUUCAUUAAGUUAUCGAUCUGCGUAUCGCAAUGUUCAAAAUUGAAAACUAAAUAGAUAACAAGAGUUUUACCCCACAUUCAAACCGCGUUAAAUUGAGAAGAUCUGCYAAUAUUAACGUUAUAAUAAAAAUAUGAGCAAAGAAACUCCGAAUUUACUAUGCAAAUCAUUUAAUUAGGGCAUACAAUGGCCGAUUUGGUCCAAAGUGARGAAGCGGUUUUGAAUGGUGCCAAUCUAAUAACUCAUCUAKUUAAUGCCAUGUUGCCUUUUCAUCACAGAGACCCGGGUUUAGUUGGGUUAUUAGCGUCWAAAAAAAUUCCUGAGAAGAAUCCCGUAUUUUUUGGCAUAAUAGCUGAUGGUAUUCACACUCAUCCUGCUGCUCUAAGAAUUGCUUACCGGGUCCAUCCUGACGGUUUGAUAUUAGUGACUGAUGCAAUAUCAGCGCUGGGCUUACAGGCUGGUCAGCACAAAAUUGGCCAACUGGACAUUGAGGUGAAAGAUAACAAGGCUUUUAUUGCGGGCACUUCUACUCUUUGUGGAAGCGUAGCUUCAAUGAUUCAAUGUGUUCGGAAUUUUAUCAAAUCUACAGGUUGCUCGCCCGAGUAUGCUUUUGAAGCAGCAAGUUUUCACCCUGCGCUAGCUUUGGGUAUUGAAAAAAAUAAAGGGUCGCUCAGUUACGGAGCAGAUGCGGAUUUUAUAAUGCUAACGGAUGACUACGACAUAUCCUCCACUUGGAUAGAUGGAGAAUGUGUCUACAGUGAGGGUGGAAUGUAAUAAUUUUUUCAUUCUUUAAAUUAAUUUUAAGAGUUAUUCUAAAUUGAAGGACCAGCUGAUGUUAGUAAGAUGUAUUUUUUUAUUACUUUAUAAAGAAAAAGUGGAUGAUUUAAAUAAAUAAUGCUAUGACUUAUAAAAA